AUGUUUAGCAGUUGGAAUGGCGGCUACAACAACAAGGGGCGGCAACGCGCCAGUGGUAUGUGGCUAGUACUAGUCCUGUGGAUGUGCCACCAACGAGGUGUGGUGGACGCGACCAGCACGUUUCCAAACCCGACACCCCAAGGCAACUCGUGGGGGCCCUGUGCCGAUGCCACCACCGCCGUCGCCACUCAGGGGGACGGCACCACCCCCGGCUCAUGCAUGUCGUGCGACCCCACGACCAAUAAAUGCGCGCCCAAGUGCCAGCCCCUGCUCGACACGUUCUACCGCGCAUGCGACGGCGUCUACACGCCCCCCGAUCUGGCGUUCGACCCAGCGAAGAACAUUUCCGGGUUCUGGGGCGACGUCCAAGUCCAAGUGCGCAUUUCGGUCCAGCGGUGCGGGUGCAACAAGGCGUCCCCUGUGCAAACAACUCUGGUCACCAUGGCAGUCGUGGGGCUCGUGGUGGUGGUCGCUGGAAUGGAGUGGAUAUAA